AGUGUUGAAAAAUGUCUUCAAACAGAAGUAAAAUGGACAAGUCAACUGCUAUUCUCUGGAGUUGUGAGUUGAACGCCCAACAGAAGUCACACAAGGUUGAAAUUACAGAUGAUGAAGUUGCUGACCAUCGACUGGCCUUAAAGACGAUAUGUUUGGGUGCUGGUGCCAAGGAUGAACUGACCAUUGUGGAGAUUGUCCCAGAAGACGAGAGCCCACCGGUCCCUAUUGCCACACUGAAGCUGUCCGUUUUGCCGAUGACCACAUUUUAUGGCUUUGAGCUGACACCUCCGAUCAGCUUCAGACUGAAAAGUGGAUCUGGUCCUGUCUACAUAGCAGUAGAGAACAUUAUCAUAGAUGAUGACACAUGGGGGGAGGAAGAGGAGGAAGAAGGAGAGGAAGAGGAGGAAGAUGAGGAGGUGGAUGAGGCUGAAGAUGAGGAUGAAUCUCCACCCAAAAAGGCAAAGAGACCUGCCUCCACCAAAAAAGCUGGGCUUUCAAAGAAGAAGCGAUUGGACACAGAAAAGGAAGAAGAGGACUCAGAUGUUGUAAUGGCAGUUAAAAAGGGAAAAGAUUCCAGUAAAGUUAAAGCAGCGAAAACCUAACUGCCUGUUGGGAGAGAUGUUGAAAGGUGACCCAAGGGCAGGUUUUCACAAGUCAUCUUUGCAAGGAUGUUGUAAGAGAAUAU